AUGCCCACCCAACGCUCCUUCUUCAGCAACUUCCUCCUCGCCUUCCGCGCCCACUCGCACCAACAAAUCCCCAAACCCCAACCCUCCCGCUCCUCCAACGGCGUCUCCACCCAAUCUCAAACCCUUUGGACAUCCGCGCAACCCCAACAACCCAGCAAAACGCCCUCGAGCGAGAACGUCACCAGCCCGCGCCCCAUCAACCCGAAAGCUCCACACCAAUACAGCACCUCGCACCAGCAACAACCCAACCUCUCCACAUCCCCUGGCUCAGCGGACCUCCGGCCCGCGCUGCAACACAACGUCAGCCCGUCCACGCACCUUCCCCGCUCGAGUCCGUCGCCCGGCUUACCGGUCUACGGACCGCCGAAUAAACCGCAGCCCUCCUACCCCACAGCAGCGGAGUCACGAAGCAGACGGCGAGGAAGCGAUAGCAGUUCCGACUCCGGAGCUUUCAGGGACAGAGGGGAGAAGUGGUUUGUCGGCGGCAGGACGGCGGCGGGGGAGGAGAAGUAUUAUAAGUUGAGUAUGGUGAAGAGGGAGAGGAGCGCGGAUCGCAUUAGUGCUGAUCAGUUGAGUUUGUGA